AUGGACCCUCGCACGUACAGGGUCAUGUUCAAAUGGAAGCGCGUCGGCGUCCGCGAAGAGCACAUUAUCCACGAAGUAUUCGCUCAGCUCAUCAACCAGAACAAGGUCCUUGAGUAUUGGCAUCAGGCGUUUCUUAACUCUCGCUUGACGAGGGAGCAAACGUUGCAAUGCGAAUUCUACCAUGUCUUUGACAUACUUUCCCACCGACGAAUCCAAAACAGAUGCUACGUGCUCGUACAGUGGGUCGGUUACUCGGACUCAUCAGAAGAUACCACCUGGGAGCCUCUAAGAAAGAUUGCGGAGGUGGCGCCGUUGGAUUUGAACGACUACCUGACAAAGAAGCGAUUAUGGAGGUCUCUACGGUCAUGGCCGGCGUGGAAAAAGAGGCGGCAGGAUCUUGAGGAUAAGAGAAAUGCACUUGUGGGAGUGCCAAGCCUCCAGGAUGAAUUUAACCAACGGCUACGGUCCGAAUCGACGGCGAGGUCAUCCUCUGUCGACCUUGGUGAGGGCAGACAUCGUGCUUAA